UUUCCCGAGAAACUGAGAGAAAGUCCGAGAAAUUUUCCUCAGAGACAAGGCCAAAGAAGAUAACCAUAGUGUAUACCCUAGACAGAUAAAGCUCUCAACACACCCUUUGCUUUGGAGCUUCAAUCCAGAAUCUGUUGUCUCCGCACUAUUUAUUGCUUCCUUCUUCGAUCUGAAUCUUCGCCAUUGAAGCCGCUCUCUUUUGCUUUCGUGAAAUCAGAAGUUUUUGUUGUUUCCGAAAGCCGUAGGUUUGUUUGCUUUGCUGUUUGUGCUGGUGCAUACGGUUUCCCGUGGGUGCCGCAUGCUAUUUGGGUUGAUUUUUCAUGCCGUCGGAACCAAUACCGUGGGAUCGAAAGGACUUCUUCAAGGAGAGGAAGCACGAGAGGUCUGAGUCUCUAGGGUCUGUGGCCAGAUGGAGAGACACUCCAGCUCAUCACGGCUCCCGCGAGUUGAAUCGGUGGGGAUCAGCCGAAAAUCGGCGCUCAUCUGGUCAUGGCAAGCUGGGUGGUUGGCACCUGUUUCCAGAAGAUUCCGGUAAUGGGCAUGGGCUUUCUCGGUCCUGUGAUAAGAUGCUGGAGGAAAAUAAUUGUCGGCCUUCAGUUUCUCGAGGGGAUGGAAAGUAUGGCAGGAACAAUAGGGAAAACAGAGGAUCCUUUAGCCAGAGAGAUUGGAGAGGACAUUCAUCGGAAACUGCUAACAGCUCUCUGAAUUUGUCCAGGAGGCAACUGGAUGCGAAUAAUGACCAGAGAUCAGUUGAUGACAUACUCACAUAUUCUUCUCAUCCGCAUUCCGACUUUGUGAACUCUUGGGAGCAGCAUCACUUGAAAGACCAGCAUGAAAAGAUGGGUGGUGCCAAUGGUUUGGGUACGGGCCAGAGAUCUGACAGGGAGAGUUUGGGUUCGAUUGCAUGGAAGCCACUUAAAUGGAACCGUUCUGGAAGCUUGUCUUCUCUAGGCUCAGGCUUUAGCCACUCAAGUAGGAGCGCCAGAGGGGCAGAUUCCUGUGAAGGGAAGGUUGAGUUGAAGGACAAAAAUGCAACUGCUGUUGAGUCAAAUUCUGGGGAAGCUUCUGCGUAUGAGACUUCUUCUGCUCCUCUGGCUAAAUUGGGGAAGAAGCCUAGGCUAAAUUGGGGUGAGGGACUUGCAAAGUAUGAGAAAAAGAAAGUCGAGGGGCCUGAUGUAAGUGCAAACAAAGAUGGCGCUGUCUUCUCUACUAUCAACAAUUUCCCCAGUCCCAUCUUAGUAGAUAAAAGCCCGAAAGAUACAGGAUUUUCAGAUUCUGCAUCUCCUGCAACUCCAUCUUCUGUUGCCUGCAGUUCCUUGCAAGCAGGUGUGGAUGAUAAAUUAUUUGGAAAAGCUUCAAAUGUGGACAAUGAUGCUAGUAAUUUGAGUGGUUCACCUCGUCCUGUGUCUCAAAAUCAUAUGCAGAGGUUUCCUUUCAAUUUAGAGAAGGUGGAUAUUGACUCGUUGACAAGUCUGGGUUCUUCACUUUUUGAGUUGCUACAGUCUGAUGAUUUGAGCUCUGUGGAUUAUAGUCUAGUGAUAUCCCCUGCAAUGAAUAAGUUGCUGGCAUGGAAAGCUGACAUUUCAAAGGUAUUGGAGGUGACUGAAACUGAAAUUGAUUUACUUGAAAAUGAACUGAAGUCACUAAAAUCUGAAUCUGGGGAUAGAUUUCCGUACUCAGCAGCAGUUGGGUCCCUGCUGGUAUACUUCAAUGAAAAAUCUUGUGAUGAACAUGUUGGAGGCUCUGUCAAGGUUGCUCGUCCAGAGUCAUUGCAAAUUGUUUCUUCUGAUGACCCUAAUGUGGAGAUGCUUCAUUCUACUAACUUGCAUGAUAUACAUGAUAAUGGCAAGGAAGAUGAUAUUGACAGUCCUGGAACGGCAACGUCUAAAUUUGUAGAGCCUCUGCCCUUGAUUAAUGCAGUUUCUUCAUGUGAUGUGGGGAGAUAUAAUACUUGCUCUGGAGCCUUGGAUGGAAUUCAGUCUACUGCCAUGAAAUGCUUACUUCCCUGUGCGUAUAGACAAGUUGCUACUGUAUCUGCUUGUGGUGAUGGUAAUACAUCUAUGGAGGUAAAAGAUGGCGUGGGUGGUAACUCUGGCGCAAGCUUUUGUUCUAGCACUGAGGAUAUUUUAUGUGCUAAAAUUAUUUCUGCCAAUAAAGAAUAUGCAAAGAGUGCAUCUGAGGUAUUUACUAAGUUAUUGCCAAAAGAAUGUGAUAAGAUGGCUAAUAUUGGAGCUAGCUGCAGCUCAUGCUCACAUGAUAGUGCAUUCAUUGUGGAAAAAUUUGCAAAGAAAAAGCUGUUUGCAAGAUUUAAGGAGAGAGUUAUAACACUUAAGUUUAAAGCCUUGCAUUACCUGUGGAAAGAAGAUAUGCGCUUACUAUCUAUAAGGAAAUGCCGCCCAAAAUCUCACAAAAAACUUGAAAUAGGUUUGCGAACUAUCAGUUGUGUUCGUCAAAAGAAUCGAUCCUCCAUUCGUUCUCGUUUUCCCUUCUCAGAAGGAAAUCAACUAAGCUUGGUUCCAACAUCUGAGAUGAUUAAUUAUACAAGGCAACUGCUUUCAGAAUCCCAAGAUAAAGUUCACAGAAACUGCUUGAAGAUGCCAGCACUAAUUUUGGAUCAGAAGGAGAAAAUGAUUUCAAAGUUUAUAUCUAGCAAUGGGCUGGUUGAAGAUCCUUUGGCUAUUGAGAGAGAAAGGGCUAUGAUCAACCCAUGGACUUCAGAAGAGAGAGAUAUUUUCAUGGAGAAAUUUGCAGCCUUUGGAAAGGAUUUUCGGAGAAUUGCUUCUUUCCUUGACCACAAAACAACUGCUGAUUGUGUUGAAUUCUACUACAAAAACCACAAGUCCGAUUGUUUUGAGAAAAUUAAGGUGCAAGAUGGUGGUGUUAAGCUAGGGAAGUUGUUUACUGCCAAAACUGACUUGAUGGCAUCAGGUAAAAAAUGGAAUUAUCAAGUGAAUGCUGCUUCUCUUGAGAUUUUGAGUGCAGCUUCAGUGAUGGCAGAUGGCAUUGCGGGUAACCAAAACAUGCAUUCAGGAAGUUCACUUUUAAGGGGAUAUGGUUGUUUGAAAACAUCAAGGGAUGAGGAUAGCAUCACGAAGAGAUCAAGUGGUUUUGACAUUCUUCAAGAGGAAAGGGAGACUGUCGCAGCUGAUGUAUUGGCUGGUAUAUGUGGUUCUCUUUCAUCUAAGGCUAUGAGUUCGUGCAGAACAAGUUCAUUUCAUAACACGAACAGGAAGCGUUUGAAGUUGAGGCCUCUAUGCAAACAACCUAUGACGCCUGAUGUUACUCAAAAUAUUGAUGAUGAAACUUGUUCUGAUGAGGGCUGUGGUGAAAUGGAUCCUUCUAAUUGGACAGACGAGGAGAAGGCAACCUUUCUUCAGGCUGUAUCAUCAUUUGGAAAGGAUUUUGCGAUGAUUGCACAAAGUGUAGGAACAAGGUCCCAAGAUCAGUGCAAAGCUUUUUUCAGUAAGGCUCGGAAAUGCCUUGGCUUGGACCUCAUGCACCCUAGACCUGAAAAUGUUGGAUCACCAGUGAAUAAUGAUACAAGUGGUGGCAGGAGUGACACAGAGGAUGCAUGCAUUGUGGAGAUAGGUUCAGUCAUUGGCACUGAUAAGUCAGGCACUAAAACAGAUGAGGAACUCCCUUCGCCUGGCAUGAACACAUACUGUGAUGAAUCCAAUCCUGUGGAAGCCAGGAACUUGUCAGCUGACUUAAAUGAAUCAAAGGAGAUAUAUGGGGAAGAAGUAGAUCGUGAAGUUGUAAAUAUGGUUUCCGAUGCAUGUGUAAUUAAGUGCGAGUCUAAACUGGGCUCUGAUGAUAGCGGGGUUGUGUUGUACAGUUCUGAUAAGUCUGGUUUUGUUGGGGACCAGGGAGCUAUAAUUAUGUCAGAUAACUUACAAGCUGGAAAAGAUAAACCAAAUGAAGUGGGAGGUGCCGUUACAGAAUUGUUGUCUGCUUCAGAAUUAAUUGAACCGUGCCACUCUAAUCCUGUUGCUGAGGUUUUUACUGGUGGUUCUGGAAACAAAUUGGAGGGGUCAACUCCAUGCGUUGAUGGUAGAGAUGAUAAACAUGAAGCUGAUACAGAUGUUGGAGUUGAAUUGAAAAACUCAGUCCAUGAUUCAAGAUUGAGUUUUGGUGCUAAAAAUCAGCUGCAACUGUCCCAUAAGUCUUAUUUCUUAGGAUCCUCUGUAGAUGAUCCUCAUGCAACUGCAAAUUCAAUGUUGCAAAAUACUGCCGGUGCUUCUGUUCAAUGUGUGAAAAAAACUAUCCUAGAUCGAGUGUCUUCUACUUGUGAUUUUCCGGGAAGUAGAGAUAAGAAUAGUCAUAAUUCCAUCAGCGAUGGAGGCUAUCAGCUUCUUAAGCAUGGGAAUUUAUUGGACCAUGUUGAGGCUGCUAGAAUCCUUCAGUGCUAUCCUUUCCAAGUGCCUGUUAAGAAAGAAGUGAAUGGAGAUAUGAGCUGCAGCAAUUCAGCAACUGUGUUCCCUAUUCUGUCACAAAAGAUUGAACAAGCUGAUGGUAAUUACAAAACACAGUUGCGGUGUUCGUCAGAUUCAGAAAAAACUUCCAGAAAUGGUGAUGUGAAACUGUUUGGGAAGAUAUUAUCCAAUCCUUCGUCCACCCAGAAGCCUAAUUUAACUGCCAAGAGAAAUGAAGAAAAUGGUACCCAUCAUCUGAAGUUAAGCCGCAACUCUUCUAAUAUGAAAUUUGCUGGCCAUUAUAAUGCUGACAAAAAAUCAGCUAUUUUGAAGUUUGAUCAUAAUGAUUAUAGGGGCCUUGAAAAUGUUCCUUUGAGUUAUGGUUAUCGGGAUGGGAACAGAAUACCGACUAGUUUCUCAUCACUACCUGAUUCUGCCCUCUUCCUUGCCAAAUAUCCUGCAGCAUUCAGUAAUUAUCCUACAUCUUCUGCCAAAUUAGAGCAACAUUCAUUGCAGGCAUUGGCCAAAAAUAAUGAACAGCACCUGAAUGGAGUAUCUGCUUUUACAACUAGAGAAGUCAAUGGCAGCAAUGGUGUGAUUGAUUAUCAGAUGUUUAGAAAUAGGGAUGGUCUGAAAGUGCAGCCAUUUAUGGUAGAUGUAAAGCAUCGACAAGAUAUGUUCUCUGAGAUACAGAGAAGAAAUUUUGAAGCUAUCUCAAGUUUACAGGGAAUGGUGGGAAUGAAUGGUGUUGGGAGACCAGGUAUUGUUGUUGGAGGAUCACGGAGUGGAGUCUCAGAUCCUGUGGCAGCCAUCAAAAUGCAUUAUUCAAAUUCUGAUCAGUGUGGCAGUCAGAAUGGGAGUAUAAUGAGAGAGGAUGAAUCUUGGGGUGGAAAAGGGGAUUUAGGCAGGUAGUAGAUGUGCUCAGCGGCAAACAUACCUUUUUGCCGCCCCCUUGUAUUAUAGUUUUUGUUAAUUUCUAAAUAUAGUGAUAGAGCCAUUUGACUAGUUCGUAGGCCUGUCUUUUUGGUUAAGUAUUAGGCGCUUUUAAUAUUGCAGUAGCUUUGUAUUUAUUGUUUUUGAUGAAAAUACAGAAAUAAUAUCAGAAAAAGUCAAG